CUGGCUUCCCACCUUCGGGGUCCGAAAGUGGCCUUUGUGCCUCGCAAGUGCUACAUCGGUGGACACCUCUGAGGUUUGGUCUUUGUAGCGCUUCUAACUAGGGCAGACUGAAAUUGGCAGAAGACCGAGGACUUCCUUCAGACCGCUUGGAGGCUUCCUUGGAGCAUAGAUGGAAGAGGAAAACUCGGCAGGCCCCGAAAAAGGAAGAGGCCGUGAUGCCAUCAAGACCGGGAGCAGUAGGGGAUUCUGGGAGAGGACAGUGCAGAAGAUCCUGGGUGAGGAGGACGACCGCAGCUCAGAUGUGCAGCGCCAGCAGUUCAGGGCGUUCUGCUACCAGGAGGCCAAGGGGCCCCGAGAGGUUUGGAGUCAACUCCACCAUCUUUGUCGUCAGUGGCUGAAGCCGGAGCAGCACACCAAGACUCAGAUCCUAGACCUGGUCAUCCUGGAGCAAUUCUUGACUGUCCUUCCACUGGAGAUGGAGAGCUGGGUGAGGGAGUGUGGAGCGGAGACCAGUUCCCAGGCAGUGGCCCUGGUCGAAGGUUUCCUCCUGAGUCAAGCAGAGGUCAAGAAGCAGAAGGAGGAGCAGAUACAGGAUCUGUUUGCAAAAAAGGGCACUGACCUCCUAGAGGUGGAGAGGAAUCCAUUGGACACCAGACAGGGGCCACUGGGUGAAGGAAUGAUUUCAGCAAGAUCACCUCAGACAUCUCCUCAUUGCAGUGGAAGGGUAGCAGUUUCAGUGGAACAAGAUCAGGGUACAGUUUUCUUUGAGGAUGUGGCUGUAUACUUCACGGAUGAGGAGUGGGCCCUGCUGAGUCCUGACCAGAGAACGCUGCAUAACAGUGUCAUGGAGGAGAACUGUGUGAUUGUGGCGUCUCUUGAAGGUGACAAAUUGGAAACCAAGAAUCAGGGAGACCAUGACAAACUCCACACAGUAGAGAAGCCAUAUGAAUAUCUGGAGUGUGGAGAGAGCAUCUAUCAGAGUUCCCAUCAAGGAACUGACAACAAGGAGAAACUUUAUCAGUGCUUGGAAUGUGGGAAGAACUUCAGCUGGAAGAAAAAUCUCACUUCCCAUCAAAGAAUUCAUACCGAAGAGAAGCGAUAUCAGUGCUUGGAUUGUGGAAAGAGCUUUAACAGAAGCACAGAUUUCUGUCGUCAUCAAAGAAUUCAUACAGGGGAGAGACCGUACGAAUGCUUAGAAUGUGGAAAGAGCUUCAGUCAGAGUUCCAACCUCCAUGCCCAUCAAAGAAUUCACAGUGGGAACAAACCCUACCAGUGUCUGGAAUGUGGGAUUGGCUUCACCACCAAGAGAAGUCUCACUUCCCAUCAAAGGAUUCAUACCGGGGAGAGACCAUAUCAGUGUCUGGAAUGUGGGAAGAGCUAUAGCUGGAAGGACAGUCUCACUUCCCAUCAAAGGAUUCAUACAGGGGAAAAACCCUAUCAGUGCUUGGAGUGUGGGAAGAGCUUCCACAGAAGCACACAUUUCCGCCGCCAUCAAAGAAUUCACAGCGGGGAGAAACCCUACCAAUGCUUGGAAUGUGGGAAGACCUUCAGCUGGAAGGAAAGUCUCACUUCCCACCAGAGAAUCCAUACAGGGGAGAAACAAUAUCAGUGCUUGAAAUGUGGAAAGAGUUUUAUUAAAUGUACCAUUUUCCAUCUUCAUCAAGGUAUUCACAGCGGGAAGAAUCCAUAUCAGUGCCAGGAGUGUGGCUCAUCCUACUCUUUUUUUUGUAAUAGGGCAACAAAAAGAAGACUUGGCAGUGACUCCAGUAACAGCAGUCUUCGGCAGAAGCAACAGAAGCUUCUUGGACCCUGUUGGAGGGAACAGAGAUCAAAGAUGGAAGAGAAAGACUCAGCUGGGCCUGAAGCAGUAGGAGGUCUGUUUAUCAUCCAGGCCAGGAGCCCUGGGGAAUCGUGGGAAAGAACAGGAUGGAAGAUUCCAGGUGAGGACACCCUCAGCGCAAAUGUGCAAUGCCAGAAGUUCAGGCAUUUCCACUACCAGGAGGCUGAGGGGCCCCGAGAGGUUUGCAGCCAACUUCACCAUCUUUGCCGUCAGUGGCUGAAGCCGGAGAGACGCACCAAGACUGAGAUGCUGGACCUGGUGAUCCUGGAGCAGUUUCUGGCUGUUCUCCCCCCAGAGAUGGAGAGAUGGGUGAAGGAGUGUGGAGCAGAGACCAGUUCCCAGGCGGUGGCCCUGGCCGAAGGUUUCCUCCUGAGUCAGGCAGAGGAGAGGAAGCAGGCAGAGCAGCAGGUUACAGGUCUAUUUGCCAAAGCUGGCCUGGAUUUCCUAGAGGCAGAGAGGGCUCCAUCAGACACUGGACAGGAGCCACUGGGUGAUGAAAUGAUGCUGGCAAGACCUCAUCAGCCAUCUCUGCUUCGUGGUGAAGGGGAAGCAGUUGCCAUUGAACUGGAUCAGAGUCCCGUGUCCUUUGAGGAGGUGGCUGUGUACUUCACCAAGGAGGAGUGGGCACUUCUGGAUCCUGAUCAGAGAGAUCUGCAUAAAGAAGUCAUGGAGGAGAAUUGUGGGAUGGCAACCUUUCUUGCAUGUGAAAAAAGCUUUUGUCAAAGUUUUAGCCUCACUACCCCUCAAAGGAUCCACAUUGGGGAGAAGCCAUAUAAAUGUUUUGGAGGUGCAAAGCGCUUAAAUGAGAAGACAAGCCUCAUGACACAUCCAAGAAUUCACACAGGAGAGGAACCACACCAGUGCUUGGAGUGUGGAAAGAGCUUCAGUGAUAUGAAAGCUUUCACUACUCAUCAAAGAACCCACACUGUGGAAAAGCCAUAUAAGUGCUUGGAGUGUGGAAAGAGCUUCCGACAGAACAUAACUCUCAGCUAUCAUCAAAAAACUCACACAGGGGAAAAACCCUAUGAAUGUUUGGACUGCGGAAAGAGCUUCAUUCGAAAGAUAAAUCUCACUUAUCAUCAAAGACUUCACACAGGGGAGAAACCGUAUCAGUGUUUGGAAUGUGGAAGGAGCUUCAUUCGAAAGAUAAACCUCACUUCCCAUCAGACAAUCCACACAGGAGAGAAACCAUUUCAGUGCUUGGAGUGCGGGAAGAGCUUUAGACAGAAUAUAACUCUCAGUAAUCAUCAAAGACUACACACAGGAGAGAAACCCUAUCAGUGCUUGGAGUGUGGAAAGAGCUUCAUUCGGAAGACUGAUCUUAGUUAUCAUCAAAGAAUCCACACAGGGGAGAAACCUUAUCAGUGCCUGGUGUGUGGAGUGAGCUUUACACGGAAAAGGCACCUCACGUCUCACCAAACGAUUCACACAGGGGAGAAACCAUAUAAAUGCUUGGAGUGUGGAAAGUGCUUUCGCCUGAACAGAGACCUCAUUCCUCAUCAAAGAAUUCACACUGGGAGAAACCGUAUCACUGUUUGAAGUGUGGAAAGAGUUUCAAUACAAAUGCAAACCUCUGUUGUCAUGAGAGAGUUCACACAGGAGUAAAACCAUAUAAAUGUACGGAGUGCGGGAAGAGCUUCAGUGCGAAGAAAACACUAAUUUCCCAUCAAAAAAUGCAUACAGGGGAAAGUGAUAUGAAUGUUUGCAGUGUGGAAAGAGUUUCCACGUAAAUAAAGUUCUCAUUUCUUUGAAUUAA